AUGGCAGGCUUGGAGUACAACAUCGAUGAACUGUUCCAAGAAGCUAAGAAGCGAUGGCUCAAGCCUGUGGAGGUGCUUUACAUUUUAAGGAAUCACGACCGGUGCGAGCUCACUCACCAGCCUCCUCAUCAGCCAACUGGCGGAUCCCUGCUUCUGUUUAAUAGAAGAGUCACGCGUUUCUUCCGUAAAGAUGGUCAUAACUGGCGGAAGAAAAAAGAUGGAAGAACUGUGGGAGAAGCACAUGAACGGCUUAAGGUCUGUCUAACUACCUAUGGUGUUAUGAUCAUUAAAAUGACCUAA